AGACGAUCAGACUGAGUUCAGACCAAACUAGCAGCUUCCUCUGAGUGAGUCCAGCUACAGGAGAGAAAAGUGGAAAACUCCAACACUGCUGCUUCAAGCUGCUGAUGCUCCAAACACUGAAUCUUCACUCACAGACUCAAUGGCUUCCAGAUCAGAGGAGGAUCUCUGCUGUCCGGUCUGUCAGGAGGUCUUCAGAGAUCCUGUUCUUCUGUCAUGUAGCCACAGCUUCUGUAAAGACUGUCUGAAGAGAUGGUGGAGAGAGAGAACAACACACGAGUGUCCAGUUUGUAAGGAAAUUUCACUUUAUGAUCCACCUUUAAAUCUGGCGUUAAAGAACCUGUGUGAGUCGUUCUUACAGGAGAGAGAUCAGAGAGCUUCAGAGGCUCUCUGCAGUCUGCACUCUGAGAAACUCAAACUCUUCUGUCUGGACCAUCAGCAGCCAGUGUGUGUCGUCUGCAUAGACUCAGAAAAUCACACCAAUCACAGAUUCAGACCCAUCGAUGAAGUUGCACAACAACACAAAAACGAACUUCAGGAAACUCUGGAGCCCUUAAAGAAGAAGUUAAAGGUUUGUGAAGAAGUUCAAGUGAAGUUUGAUCAAACAGCAGAACACAUUAAGGUCCAGGCCCGACACACAGAGAGGCAGAUUAAGGAGCAGUUUAAGAAGCUUCACCAGUUUCUAGCAGAGGAAGAGGAGGCCAGGCUGGCUGCACUGAGGGAGGAAGAGGAGCAGAAGAGUGGGAUGAUGAAGGAGAAGAUGGAGGCUCUGAGCAAAGAGAUAGCAGCUCUUUCAGACACAGUCAGAGCCACAGAGGAGGAGCUGAGAGCUGAAGACGUCUCAUUCCUGCACAACUACAAGGCUGCAGUGGAAAGAGUCCAGCGCUGCCCCCUGCUGGAUGAUCCACAGCUGCCCUCAGGAGCUCUGAUAGACCAGGCCAAACACCUGGGCAACCUGACCUUCAACAUCUGGAACAACAUGAAGGACAUGGUCUCCUGCACUCCUCUCAUUCUGGACCCAAACACUGCUCAUCCAGAGCUCAUCCUGUCUGAAGAUCUGACCAGUGUGAGACGAGGAGAAGAGAUGCAGCAGCUUCCUGAUAAUCCAGAGAGGUUUGAUUUUCUCCUCCCUGUUCUGGCCUCUGAGGGCUUUAACUCAGGGACUCACAGCUGGGAUGUUGAUGUUGGAGACAGUACAUGGUGGAGACUGGGUGUGUUUGAAGAGUCUGUGCAGAGGAAGGGAAUCAUAACAUUUGGAUUAUGGGGAAUAUUGUUUAGUCUAAGAAAAUACUACACACUCUCACAAUCCGCUCUAUACACUGCUCUCCCAAUUGCGAAGAAGCUCCAGAGGAUUAGAGUGAAUCUGGACUGGAACAGAGGAAAGCUGUCGUUCUCUGAUCCUGAUACUAACACACACAUACACACCUUCACACACACUUUCACUCACAGGAUGUUUCCAUAUUUUGAAGCUGAUGGUAAAAUAAAGGUGUUGCCAAUGAAGGUGUCAAUGGAGAUGAUUUAGUUUG